AUGGAGACCUAUUUAAUCUCAGUAUUUCUUACUCUCGCAGCUUUCUUCAGUUUCUCUGUGGCCAGUUUUGACGGCAACAUCAACUAUGGAAGUCCCUCACCUCGGCAUACGCAGUUCGGCAUCGAUGUCGAUCAAGUCCAGCGACGUUCCUGGAAGCGCGGAAAUAUUGCCUUCAAGCCAGAGGAACUGAAUUUUACCCAUGGUGUUGCAUCAGGCGACCCAUGGCCUGAAAGUGUUAUCUUGUGGACUCGCAUUGCCCCAAGCAAUCUGUCUUCCGCCAACACUGCCCCGAUUGAUGGAACCGAACCGCUAUACAGCCACGAGACCAAGAAGUUCAUAGAGGCUGAUCCCAAUCCUAUCUGCUUGCACUGGAAAGUCUUUCGAGAUGGAAAGAAGGACUCAAAGUCAGUCGUGAGCAGCGGAAAGGCUUAUACUACAGCGGACAUCGACUACACAGUCAAGGUUGAAGCCAAAGGUCUGAAACCAUUGACGACAUAUAACUACCAGUUUACCGUCUGCAAUUCGAACAAUACCAGCCCUCUCGGAAGGACGAAGACUGCACCUCGGCCUGAUGAUGAUGUAUCCGAGAUCAACCUGGCGAUUUUCUCAUGCAGUGCAUAUUUCCCAGGAUACUUUAACGUCUACGGUAAUGCGGCUCGAAAGGAUAAUCACGACUGGGUUGUCCAUCUUGGCGAUUACAUCUACGAAUACGGCACCUAUACACUUUUCAAAGAGCGCGGCUCAGAUCCGAAACACCCAACCUACUCCCUAUAUGACUACCGUGCACGCCAUGGACAGCACCGGACUGAUCCUGACUUGCAACUGUUGGCCAAAAACUCAGCUUGGAUCACAACUUGGGAUGACCAUGAACUUGCCGAUAACGCUUAUAGAGAUGGCUACGUCGACUUCUUCGAUCAGCCCAACACCUUUAAGGGAGAAGGUCCGAAGGUGGCCACGGAUGCUCGCAAAGCCAAUGCUGUCCGCGCGUACUUCGAGUGGAUGCCAAUCAGGCAGACCGAUAUGGACGAUGGUCUUCGCGUAUGGAGGUCUUUUCAGUUGGGUAAGCUGAUGGAUCUCGUGAUGCUGGACACAAGAUUGUAUGACCGAAGCAAGGGAGUCGAUUAUGUCAACGAAAAGUACAUCGAGAAAAUCAGUGACGACCCAAGUAGGACACUGAUGGGAGGUCGGCAAGAGAAUUGGUUCUAUCGCUCGUUAUCUGAAUCUAAAGAUCGGAACGCAACCUGGCGAGUGAUCGGGAACCAGAUCGUGUUCUCUCAUAUCAAGGGGGACGCGGCUGGCGGUGGAGAUACCUGGGAUGGUUAUAUCGCGAACCGAAACAGAACACUCAAUCAUCUAUAUAAGAACAAGAUCGACAACAACAUCUUCUUAUCGGGAGAUAGUCAUAUGAACUGGGUAUCUGACUUGGCGUGGCUGGGCACCAAGAAGUACAACCCCAAGACGGGAGAGGGUGCCAUUGGGGCUGAGUUUGCAGGUACCGCCGUCAGCUCGUGGGGUACAUCAGGCCUCAAAUCCAUCGAGCCUGAUGCAGGAAAAUUGUCCCGCAAAGCUAUCGCUGAGAACAAAGAGCUUUUCUGGCAAGAAGGGUACUACCGUGGCUAUUUCCACUUGUCUGUCGCUCCAAAGAAAGUCUCAGCUCAAUUCUUUGGUAACAAGGCUCGCCAUCGAUUGCCACACGGAAUGCUUGGGAGAUCCCACUGGCGAAUUUUACGGUUUUUGCCGGGGACAACCACAUCCGUCGACCGAAGGAUGGCAGUCGGGCUGAAUCUGGAGCUCUGA